AUGGCCCAUCCACAACCAGAACCGACCUUUACGGUCUUUGUCCGACUUCCUUUUCCGAGAGGUGACUUCAUCGAUCCUCCACCUUCAAACUGGGACUCGUCGAAAGAUGAAGCUCUCUGGAGUAUCAUAUCCCGUCUUUCCGGCACUGAAGUAGAUUGGAAUGAAAUUGCAAAUAGGUUCGAAGUUACCGUCGACUUCCUACUCCAGCAGAUCGCUUGGCUCACCGAGCGCCAUGCCUCUCAAGUUCGAGCACAUGUGCGCAAGGCUGUCGCUGCCGCUAGAGGCUCAUCAGCUCCGUCGCCCCAACCUGGCGCCGAAGGCACAUUCUCUUCGGAACCCAUGCGACGAGCCGGAUCUGGUGAUAAACCAACCAGAGCACCAUCGGCAUUAUCCAUCCGUAAAGACUCUCCGCUGCCCCGGAAUGAUGGCAGCCUACCUGGUACGCCCAUGAGAAGCACUCCACGACCAACAGCCACACGCACAUCCUCAUCGAAUACCGCCGUCUACACGACUCGCAACCUAGGUGGUAGCAGCAAGGCUCCGGUCAAACCCGGCGUUGACGCACAACGACGUCGUUUAUCAUCACUUCCCAUUACUACCACCGUCAACGAUGACGACGACGAAAACAUCGACCAAGCCUCGUCCAGUCCACCCGAGUUAAGCGAGUCGGAAGCCUCAUCAUCUGACUCAAGUCCUGCGCAAUCACGAAUCAUCCGACGUCCGCCGCGCUUCCAAGGCAACGACGCCGCAUACUCCGCUGAUGAGGAAGAUGCCGAGCCGGCUUUCUUGCCCUACAAGCCAGAAGGAGGAUCGUCAACCAGUAGCGGGCCGCAUGACCUUAGCGCUACUCUCCGUGGUAACCUCCCGCGAGAUUACGCGAAACGACAUUCGAAGGGCAGAGCGGAGCGUAUUCAUCAAUCCCACACUUCCGACUCGUCUGCUAGUUCCGCCACUCCAUCCGGGGUGAAGAGUUAUUCGGACCAGAGCCGAUCAGGUGGUGGUCCGCUCUCGCCUCGUCGCACUAUGGAGCUUAUGAAAGGCAGUCCCAGCGGCAAAGGGAAGAGUUAUUCGCGCGACAGUGACGGGACACCUAGUAUGAGCAGUAGCUACAGCGAUCUUGACGAUGCAUCUGUAACAAAAUCUGCCCUGGAAGAAGCGCUAGCUAGCCAGAUGCAAGACGGCACUAUUGGUAGUCUUAGAGGGACUAUCAGUGCCGCCUUCAGCAGAAGCAGAUACCAUCUUUCGGGCAAGGGUAAUCCCUAA